AUGGGGAGCAUCUGUGAGUUGUCUAAUGAUUUGCUGGUUAAGAUAAUAUCGUUUCUUCCAUUAAAAGUUGCUGUCUCGACUAGUAUCUUGUCGAAACAAUGGGAGUUUCUUUGGAUGUGGUUACCUAAACCUAAGUAUGAGCUCACUGGUCAAGGGUAUGUGGAAUUUAUUGACAAGAAUCUACAAUUGCAUGGAGCUCCGGUCAUUGAAAGCUUGCUCAUCGUAUUUGGAUUACUAAAGCCUGAGAAAAUCAAACUAUGGGUUGAUAUUGCGGUUUCUCGCUUCUUGCGUGAGCUAAGUAUCCGCUAUCUUCUCAAAAACGGCUAUGCUCUCAGAAGUAGAGUAUUAUUAUCGUUGCCUAUUAGUCUGUAUACAUGCGUCUCGCUCAUGACUUUGAAACUUGAUGGCAAGAACAUUGCCGUGGAUGUUCCUCAAACUGUUUGUCUCCCUUCCUUGACGACGUUGGAACUUAAACGUGUGAAAUACUCCAACGAAGAUUCUCUUGGGCUGCUUCUAUCGCAUUGCCCUGUUCUUGAAGUUCUUCUUAUUAAACGAAGCCAUGAGAGUGACAAUGUGAGAGCGUUAGUCGUUGAUGUCCCAUCUUUGAAGUGGUUAUCUUUAAAGAUAGGUGAAGAAUGUUCUUCUGAUGGGAGUGACAAUGUGAUAGUUACCCCUUCUUUGAAGUAUUUCAGAAUUAAGGAUUGCAGAGAUUCUCCCACGUAUUUGCUCAAGCCUAUGACAAAGCUCGAAGAGGCAGAAAUUGAUGUUAAGAAAGAUAUCGAGAAGAUUCUCGAAUUAAUCACAUUUGUCAGACGUCUUAGAUUACGUGUAGCAUCUUUCAACAGUGUGGAAGAGUUUGUGUAUCCAGCUGGUAUUGUCUUCAACCAGCUUGAACAUUUGAAGCUAGAUGUAUGCAACGACUAUUGGUCCAAGUUUCUUAUCUGGUUGCUCGGAAAUUCUCCUAAACUGAGAGUCCUCAUUCUAUACGUCUAUUGGCGUCCAAUACGUGAGAAGUAUGAACUGGGGAAUUGGGAAAGCAAACAGAGCUCUGUUCCUGAAUGUUUUUUGAGGAGUCUAGAAACUUUUGAGUAUUCAGGUUACAUGGGAAAACAAGAAGAGAAAGAUUUCUUGAGUUUCGUCUUUAAACACGCUUGUUGCUUGAAAUUGGUUAAUAAGAAAGCUCCAUGA